CUCUCUCUCUCUCUCUCUCAGAUUUCCACUUUGUCUUUACUGUCUUUCCUGGAGAAUCCAUUGAAGAGUUCCGAUAACACUAAGCUAGCGUUCACACCAAAGUAGCCACUGAGCAAGAGAUUAGAAUCUAGGAAGUUGAAUCGGAAGCUUCCAUUCAGGCCCUGGAGGUUUCAGGCUGCUCAGGAGUGCAUGCGCCUUGGACUACAAAAUAGAGAUAUGUGCCUUGGACUAUGAAAGUUGCACAGUCCAAAACUUAAAACCAAUGCCAAAAUUUCAUGUGUGCUUAUUCCGUCCGUCCACUCCUAAGAAAACUCAAACCUAUUACUUCUGUCCCAUUUCACUUCUGUCCCAGGAACUACCAUUCCCUCCCUUUUAACUACUUUUUUAACUCUUGCUCUUCUCUUUCAGACCUUAAGUGCAUCCAUGCUCUAAUCUUCCAACAUGGAUCCAACCAAAACCUUCUCCUCUCCACAAAGCUUGUUACUUUGGCAUCUUCCAUGGCCCCUACCAUGGACUAUGCACGAAAACUGUUCGACACAAUGCCCGAAAGGGAUGCAUUUCUUUGGAACACUUUGAUCAGGGGUUAUGCUGAUCGGGGUCCUUGCCAUGAAGCCAUAGUUUUGUACAGAAACAUGCAUCACAGUGGGUUGUCCCCUGAUAACUAUACUUUCCCUUUUGUGGUUCGCUCCUGCACAGUGCAGUUGGCUUUGAGGGAAGGGAAAGAAGUGCAUUGUAACGUUAUUAAAUAUGGGUUUCAUUCAGAUGUGUUUGUUCAGAGCUCUUUGGUCAGUAUGUAUGCACAAAGCGGUGAAACUUUGAACUCAGAGAUUAUUUUCAGUGACAUGAUUGUGAAGAACAUAGUUUCUUGGACUGCGAUGAUAGCAGGCUAUGUGCAAAAUGGGUUCUACAGAGAAGGGUUAUCUGUUUUGCGAGAUAUGGUUGCUUCAGGGACCCAACCAAAUGUGGUUACGCUGGUCAGCAUCCUCCCUGCUUGUGCUAGUUUAAAAUUUUUGGAUUUAGGAAAACUAAUCCAUGGUUUCGGAAUUAAAGUUGGUGUUGACUCAGAUAUGGCACUCAUGAAUGCUUUGAUUGCAUUUUAUGGUAAGUGUGGGAAUCUUGACACGGCAAGAUCUUUAUUCAAAGGGAUGGUAGUAAGAAACCUGGUCUCGUGGAAUGCAAUGAUCGCCGCUUAUGAACAGAACAAUGCAGGGACUGAUGCAAUAAAGCUCUUUCGUAGGAUGCAAACUGAAAAUGUAGAGUAUGACUAUAUCACAAUAGUCAGUGUUAUUUCAGCCUGUGCUAGCUUGGGUGCACUGAACACUGGUAGAUGGUUGCAUGAGCUGGCUCGAAUGAAAGGCUUUGGAACCAAUGCUUCAAUCACAAAUGUACUCAUUGACAUGUAUGCGAAGUGCGGGAACAUAGACCUGGCCAAGGAUGUAUUUCAGGGAUUGCCUGAUAAAAGUGUUGUGUCCUGGACAUCUAUAAUAGGGGCUUGUGCAUCUCAUGGUCAUGGGGACGAUGCUCUCAUGCUUUUCUCUAUGAUGAAAGAACAGGGUACCAAACCAAAUAGUUUCACUUUCACUGCUGUUUUGACUGCUUGUAGGCAUGCGGGUCUAGUAGAAGAAGGGAGAAAGCACUUUGAGAGCAUGAUUAAAGACUACUCGAUCUCCCCUGGUGUAGAGCACUAUGCUUGUAUGGUUGAUCUUCUUGGUCGUGCUGGUUGCUUGCUUGAGGCAUAUAAGUUUAUUGAGACGAUGCCGGUUGAGCCAGAUGCAGGUGUGUGGGGAGCUUUACUAAGUGCUUGCAGGAUACAUGGCAAUGUUGAGCUAGCCGAACUUGUGGUAGCCCGCCUGUCCCGUUUAGAUACUCAAACUGUUACAUCCUACGUACUUAUGUCAAAUAUAUACGCUGAAGCUAGUAGGUGGGAAGACGAAGCUAGGUUGAGGAACUUGAUGAGAAAAAAGUUGUUGAAAAAGUUACCUGGGCAAAGUUUUGUUGAGGUAAAUUGAAAAUUUUAUGCCUUUCUAUCAGGUUCAAGAUCUCUGGCAUCUUGUCUGACUUAAAUUAAUUGGAUUAUUUUCAUCACUAAAGAUCCCCGUCAUAUUUUUUAUGAAACAAUAUAAAAUUACAAAGA